AGGCUGUGUGCUUAGACAGCACAGACAUCAGGGUCCUGCAGAGAUGACUGUGCGCUGUCAUUGUGGCCAUCGCAGCCAAAUAGCCAUCACUUUGGGAUGAAGAGAGUAAGGAGAUUCAGCUAUGUGGCCUUCAAACUGCAUUUGGCCAUUCCGAGUCUUACAGCAUGAAAGAUGGAAUGAGAACUGGGUAACUGAACACAUCUUUAAGCAGUGCGGAAGAAUGAUUUCCCAGGUGUUUAUCUUGUCAUCCAAGGGCGAUCACCUCAUCUAUAAAGACUUCCGUGGCGAGGCGACCAGUGACGUCAUCAAUGUAUUCUACGAGAUGGUGACGUCCUUGCGUGGAGACCAGGCUCCAGUUGUUAUGAGUCAUGAUGGACUGCAUUUCAUCCACAUCAGGCAGGGGGGGCUUUACUGUGUUGCCACAACAUCCACCAACCCCUCCCCGUUCACCAUCAUUGAGUUCCUUAACAGAUUUGCAGGUCUCAUUAAGGACUAUUGCGGCAGUCUCUCGGAGAAAUCCGUCAAGAUGAACUUUGCCCUCAUUUACGAGAUGCUGGAUGAGAUGCUGGACUAUGGCUACAUCCAGACCACUUCCACUGACAUCCUGAAGAACUUCAUCCAGACAGAGGCUGUGAGCUCCAAGCCCGUCAGUCUCUUUGACCUCAGCAACGUUGGGCUGUUUGGCGCAGACACGCAGCAGAGCAAAGUGGCCCCCAGCACCGCUGCCAGCCGCCCCCUCAUGUGCAGCCGGGACCAGGGGGGGAAGAACGAGGUCUUUGUUGACGUCAUCGAGAGGCUGACCGUCGUCAUUGGCGCCAACGGCGUUCUGAUGAAGGCUGAGAUUCAGGGGGAGAUCAGGGUCAAGUGUUACCUGCCCACCUGCUCAGAGAUGAGAAUUGGGUUGAAUGAGGAGUUCAGCAUUGGGAAGUCCCAGCUUAGAGGUUAUGGAGCAGCAGUGAGGGUGGAUGAGUGUAGUUUUCAUCAUGCUGUAAAGCUGGAGGAGUUUGACAGCUACAGGAUCCUGAGAAUUUGUCCCAGCCAAGGAGAGACGGUGAUGCAGUAUCAGCUCUGUGACGACCUACCCACAGCCCCGCCCUUCCGGCUCUUCCCCACAGUGGAGAGGGACAACAGUGGCAGGUUGUUAAUAUACUUAAAGCUCAGGUGUGAUCUGCCUCCAAAGAGUGCUGCUCUGAGUGUGUCUGUCACAGUGCCGGUGCCCAAAGGCUCAUUAAGUUUGUCUCAGGAGUUGAGCAGUCCGGAUCAGACAGCUGAGCUGCAGGCCAGCAGUAAGGCUGUGUUCUGGGAAAUACCACGUUUCCCUGGGGGGGCCCAGCUUUCCGCUCUCUUCAAACUGGAGGUUCCUGGCCUAAGCUCCGCCUCCCUGAUGGAAGUGGGUCCGGUCAGCCUGAGCUUUGAGCUGCCAAAGCACACUUGUACUGGGCUGCAGAUCCGAUUCCUCCGCCUGUCCCCGGCCCAGCCCGGUCCGCCCCAGCGCUGGGUCCGCUACGUCACGCACUCCGACUCGUACACCAUCCGAAUCUGAGUCUGACACCACCCGCAUCUGAGUCUGACACCACCCGCAUCUGAGUCUGACACCAUCCGCAUCUGAGUCUGACACCACCCGAAUCUGAGUCUGACACCAUCCGCAUCUGAGUCUGACACCAUCCGCAUCUGAGUCUGACACCAUCCGCAUCUGAGUCUGACACCACCCGAAUCUGAUGCACUCACACACACACACACGUGCACAUGUCCUGAGAACACCACAACUGUCCCUCACGCCAAUCCCGGACAGUGGCCAUGUUCUGUCCUCUCCAAACGGAGCAGCUUGUCCAGCCUUCUGGCUGUCACCCACACACACGCACUCACACACACGCACUCACACACACGCACAUGCACACACGCACACACACACGCACAUGCAC